CAUUCUUAUUACCAAAUAAUAGUAAUUAUGGAGACAAAACAUUAAUAACUAAGGCCGGUUCUCUUGCUCUGUUUGUUGAAAAAUCAAGUUCAGGCCUUAGAUUAAAUAUUGGUCUUUUUAAUGAUUUAAAUAAAAGAGAUCUAAAUGAAGGUUGUGCUAUUGCAGUAAAAGCAGGAGUGGGAAUUUUUGCUACUAUUUUAAUAGGAAUUGUAGCAUAUUAUUUUGGCGCAGCUAUUGUCAGCGCAGUUACAUCCGUGCUUAUGACUUGGUGGGGUACUUUAAUAGAGGAAAAGUUAAUUACAUCAGUUUCGGCUAUUUUUUGGACAGCAGCUGCUAACUUAGUUGUAGCUUUUGUUGAUUCAAUGGUAAGAACAAUUUGCGCAAAACCUGAAG